GGUUGCCGGAAAAAAAGUUUGAGACCCACUGCCUUUGAGGAUUUGGGCCUGUAUCCUUACAUCAUCCUGGCUCCUGAAAUAGUAAGAAAACCAGACACACUAUGGACAAGGAAUGUUCUCAGCUCCUGCCGUCUGUUUGUGCAGUUCUAGCGGACUCAAGGCAACUUGUUGCAGAUGACACCUUUCUAGAGAAAUUUCUGGACUGGUUUAAGACUCUGACUGAAACAGAAUCUAGCCUCCUGCUGUUACAGGAGAAUCCAUGCUUGACAGAGCUCAUCACGUGUGUGCUGAAACUGAAGGAUCCAAGUUCUAGCACUCUUUCCUUUAUUCUGAGAUUAACAGGGAUAUUUGCAGCCUCUGAAAGCUGCUUCCAGUAUUUACAGCAGAGGGAGCUGUUGAUCAGUCUCUUUGGAGAGGUGGGGCCUCUCAGCAGUUCUCUGUGGGAAGAGGCAUCUGUGCGAAGCGGCUGGGUCCAGGGGGUACACAGCAUGGUGCAGCACCAGAACGCCCUCCAUUUUUUGUGCAACUGUGGAGCCAUAGAUGUGAUCUUCACUAUGCAGGGAGACCCCAGCCUGUUUGUGGCUUCAGCUGCCAAUCAGCUUUUAGUGCACAUGCUCACCUUCUCUCUACAGUCAUUCCAGACUAAACCUGUAAAUAUAAAGGACUGUGAUUGGCCAAUAUGUGCUCAAAAGCUUAUAGUGCACAUUGAAGAGUCCCUUAAUUCCAACUCUGCCUCUCGUAUCAAGCAAUCCUUGAAGCUGCUAACCAGUGUGUUUGGAUGCUGUCAUGAUCUGUGGACUGAAGUACUUUGGUCACGGCUAUCAGAGCCAAUUGUAUAUCUUUUGGACGAGGAGCCAGUCCACACCGGGCACUUACUGGUGGACCUUUUCCUGAGCAUGGCAAGGUCUCCUGUGUUUAGCUGCCCUGAAUGUAGCCUGUGGACAUCAGUAACAUGUGCUCUGGAGCGCUUAAACCCAGCUCAAGCUGGUUGUUUAGCAGUGGGAGUACUGAAGCUUCAGGAAUGCCCACAGGCAGUAAGGAUCCAAGCUCUGAAUGUUCUGCUUCAACCAAUGGACUGUGUUCUGAAAGCAGCCUCCCAACCCUUGGAAUACCCAGGUUUGCUGAAUAGGUCUGUGAAUGAGUCUGCCACUGUUGAAACUCUUCUAUCCUGCAGAUCCUCUUGUGCUAGCCUCCUAUGUCAAACGUUGGCUCAUCUGGAGGAGCUGCAGUACCUGACCUGCUUGCCAGUGGAUUUGCCCCAUAUACCUUUGCUACAGUCUGUAGUGACAAUAUUGCAAUUCUGUAUUGGCCUUGCGACUCCAGCAUCCUGUCUGGGAAAAAAGAUCAGUAGAAUCCUGAUUGGUUGCUUCAGAGUUCAGCGGUCAGCACUUGACAUCCUGGGCGCGCUGUCUCACUGGGAAAGUCACAGUGUAUUCAUGGGAAGUGUUUUUGAUAUCCUCCUUGCAUACCUGAAGAGUCCAGAUACCAGUCCUACCGUUCUGAAGAAGUCUUUUCAAGCAACACUCAAAUGGCUGGUGAGCUUGUCAGAGGCACCCAGCUCCAAGGAUCACUGGCAACAGACUGACCAGUUUCUCCGAGAUCUGUUUCUGGUGCUGCAGAAGCGUUUGUGCAGCCCUUACUGGGAAGUACGGGACUCUGCCCUGGAAUUUCUCACCCUCCUGAUUAAGCAUCUGAGAGAGAAGGAGGGGUUCAGGCAAGUUCUCUUCUCUUCGGAGGUGCCCAAGCUCACAGAGGAUCUUCUUCAGGACCCAGAGAGUUAUGUGCGAGCAAGUGCUGUGACAGCCAUGGGACAGUUGUCCUUCCUCACCCAUCUCAUCUCAAAGAAGCCUGGCCUAGAAAAUGGAAAUGUUAAAGAGAAAAGCAUUGUAGCACAGCUUAAAGAAAUCUUAUCAACAGACUCAGAGGGCUUCCCUAGAAGAGCUGUGAUCGGUGUCUUCAGUGACUGGCUGAGAGAAGGCCACCCAGAUGUACUGAAAGACACUGAGCCGUUUGUCUCCAGCGUGCUCCAAGCUGUGAACAGCGACUUUGACUGGGAAGUUAAAGCUGGUGGUUUGGAACUGGCUGAAGUUUUCUCUGCCCAGACACUUGGACGGCUUGGCCUUGCUGCAUGCCCAUAUGCUGCUGUCUUAUCCUCUGCCACCCGCUCCACUCAGAUGAGUGAGUCUCUGCAGAUAUUCUGCCGGGUGAGACUGUUUGAGUUCCUCUUUGGUGCUUUGUGUGACUGUGACAGGCCAGUGGCUCAGAAAGCGUGCGAUAUCCUCAUUGCCUUGAAAGCUGAGCUCUGUGAUGAGAGCAGCCUGAAGGAAGGAACAAGUGCAGACUUGUCUACAGAAGCACGUGGUAUUGCUUGGUUAGAAGAGACUCUGAGGAAAUGGAGUUCCUGUGCCAAGCCUUGUCCCAGAGGUGAUGCUGAUGAGGCUGGAUCCCAAGACCCAAACGGUGUGCUGCUGGUUUUGAGAACAGUGGACUUAGAAGGGCUGCACAGGUCUCUGAACAGAAGUAGUGACCACAUUGAGAAGAGCCCUCAAUCCCUCUUGCAGGACAUCCUGGCCACUGUGGGGACCUUGGAGGAGAAUGAAGCUGAUUGCUAUUAAAGUCAGUGGCACUUUCUUGCUCAGAGAGGAAGCCAUUCCAAACCAGUAUCUGGCUGCAGGAGAAGUUACUUGCUACCCAAGAGUAGAAACCAGGCCUUGCAAAAGGGGAAACUGUGAAAGAAAGGCCCAGGAGGAGGACUCUGUCUUGGACUGGUCUGAACAGUGAGGACGACAACUUGGUUGGCUAUCAAACGGGUUAGAUAGUCAUUAGUGGCAUGUUGUCCUUACUAGCUGUGGCCCAGAAUGCAAGGAAUUUAAAUGAGAGAGUAUUUAAGAGGUGCAGCCAGGGAACUAUAAUACAAUGUAUUUUAACAAGUGAUUGUUAAAUACAGGGUCAGUAUGAAUUCAGACUCUGUAGUCACUGCCCAAAGCUUUUUUUUUUUUUUUUUUAAAAGGUCCAAAAAAGCAUCUGUUUCAUUUUAAUAUACCCUCACGUAAAGCCACAGAGAAAAGUACACCCCCCCCCUCCCCCCAGUUUUAAAAUUGAUUUAAAGUGCUGGUGUAAACAAAGUAAAAAAAAAAAAAAAAAAAAAAAAAAAUCUAUAAACCCUUUUUUAGAGCCUGGUUGGUUGAACUUGCUGAAAGCUGGUUCAAGUAGACUGGUUUUAAAAGGGAUCUAUCCAUUUUUGCUUUGUCUACACUACCACUGUAAAAUCAGAGUCCCUGCUAUAGCGAAGGGCAUAGAGGCAGAGGAGAACAUUUAGGGAAGAGUCAACAUCAGUGUUUUGAAUGUUUCCUGUAACUGUGGCAGGAGAUCAAUUAAAAAUUACUUUGGCAAAAAUGUUUCUGACUUCUUCCCUCACAGGUUGCUAGGGAGAAGAUGAGAUGCGAGGUGCACUACACUUGCAUUUCAGUGAGGCAGGGGCAAUUGCAGUUCCUAAGCCUUCAGAGUGCUCUAGUCUCCAUUUCAGAAAAGCUGGAAUGACUCCCAGUGGGAGAAGGCGGCUUUGACAGCUGGAGCUUUUUGAUAAAAUGUCAAUGUCAGACUUCGGUUUGCCUCAUCCAAGUCAACAAACCUCCUUAAUUAGAAAUCUAGCAGCCAUACCCAAAGUGGCAAGGCUGCUUUCUGAGCAUAAUUUGACAGCUUUUAGAAAACACCUUGGGGGAGAUUUGUAGUUUACAACUUCAGCAGCCCAAGAAGUGACUCUGUAUUAAAACCUCUCCUAUAGUGAAACAGCACAGCCAUGGCAACAGUGUCAAACUGUACCUAAGCCCUGUGAGCACCGAUGUGAAACCAUACCAUUCCUGGUUGGCAAGGUAAGAACACGCCAUUCAGUUUAGGCUAAUGGAGAAUACUAAGCUCUCAUCCAGCUGCAGUGUCUCAGGAGGAGAGGGUCUCCAUUCAAAUACCAUCUCAUUCAUUCCCUUCUGCCAACAGCUGUGCUAGCCAGUGAAGCAGCAUCCUAAAGUCUGUCUUUUUGAACAGCUCACUGGCAGCAAUGCAGGGAGGCUAGACAUAGGUUUGACUACUUAACUGCUGAGGUUGGAAGUUUACAACAUACCCUUUAAUGAAUUCAGACAAUAAGCUUAUCUGCCACGCUGCACACAGCUUUCUACCUAAGAGCUCCAGCUCUGUUAUGGCAACUGGAAGGAGCAGCCUUUGAUGACAAUAUACAAGCCUUGGGCUGUAUCUGACUGAAGAAAGGAAAAAAGGUAUAAUAAUAAGACCAAGAUGGCCAUAUCCUUACCCUACACGGCACUUGCAGAAACUGGGAGGGUUAGUCAAGAGGAGUCUGGAUAGUUUAAGGAACCGUAGAUUGUUUUACUCAACUGCUGCAGCCGUGUCUGCUGGAUGGAUUGUUAUCCAAAGCUAGCACACCACAUGUUGCAGGGCAUUCUCUGACCUGUUUAAAGGGCAAGAGAGCGGGGUUAUUAGAUCCCAAUCUGGGACACUUUUUAGGUAAUGCCUUUCAUUAAAGGAAUCCAAACAACUACCCAAAGACAAGUAUAAUUACCACCUUUUACAGGUGGGGAAGGUUAAGGACUACAACUCAGGUCUCCUGCCUCCCAGGCCACUGGAUUCUACCUGCUUUGUUUCCUCAGUGGGUCACCUUUAGCUAGAAGUGAUGGUGAAGCUAAGUUGAGGGCCCUGACUUCUUGUAUUUGGAAACCACCUUACGCAAUGCAUGAUUUAUAUGCCACCAGAGAAAGACAUACAGUCUGGAGUGAUGGACAGGGAGGGCUACUUACAUCUGCAGUGUGAAGUAGCAUCUUAUUCAUCUUCCUGUCACCUCCACUUGCAGACAGAAGGAUUAAUUUUGGAACUUUCAUAAACAGUAUUAUACUGAAAAGCUCUCAAACUUCAGCAAUUAGGCUAAAAACAA